AUGUUUAAUCAAAGUGAAAGAUCAAAACUUAUUGAAAGACCACCUCUAAUACAGGAAUUAUCAGAAGACUUUGAAUGGCUCAUGAAAAGUAUAGCAGGUUUAUCAAAUGAAGAUGUUACCCGAAAAUUUUACAAUAUGGUACCAGAGAAUCGUCAAAAAAUUAUGUCAGGACUGUUAUAUGGAAUUUUAACAGAUACAAAAGAGAAUCGAGAUUUGUAUUAUGAACAUAUGGUUACUCAUGACCGAGAUGGUUAUGAAUAUGUUAUACAACAAUUAAUAAAAAUUGUUAUAUAUAGAGGUAUUGGAGAUUAUUCAUACACAACAGUGGAAAGGAUAUUUUGGUUGAUGCAGACAUUAAUCUCUGCCAAUAAUUACCCAAACACUCUGCCUAGACUUGAUGAGCUGUGUGAGUUAUUUUUUCGUCAAAUUAGUGGUGGUGAUAUAUCUGAUGAAAAUAUUUGGCUAUGUAGUGUUAUGAUGGAUUUUAUAGAGUCAGAACUACAAUGGAUAUAUCAGUUUGAAAGGCUAAUCAAUGUUACCUUUUAUUCAUUAGCAAGUCUAAUUCGUGACCUACAUUAUUCUAAUCAUGGAUUGAAGGAUAGGAAAAUAAGACUAUGCAAGAGGAUAUGGGAUCAAAAAUAUUCAUCAAUUUUCAAAAUUGGCAGAGAUCUAUAUAGAUUAUUAUUGGAACUAGGCAAUAUACCAGAAUUUGGUAUUCUAACUACAAUUAGAAAGCAAUCAUAUGAUUAUUGCAUCAAAAGUAGAAUUACCUUUGACAUGAAAUAUCGCAUGACAUAUCUAUUGGAAAAAAAAUCACAUCCUAAAAUGGAUAUAAUGAUACCCUCUUUACAUACUGUGCAAUCAUAUAACAAAAAAUUCAAUUUUUUAAGAAACAGUUUUUUCAGAAACACCAAUGAUCCAAGAUUUUUGGUUUCUGAUAUGAUUAGGUGGUUGUGUACUACAUAUCGUCCCCCAAUAUCAUCAUCAGCAGACCAAAGACAUAUUUUAAUCUAUGCUCUAAUGAAUGAAGUGACCAGUUGGGAAGGAAAAGAGUUGACGAGAAGAGCUCUAUUUUAUGACUGGCUAUGUUUCAACAGGAUGUGUACUGAUCAAAACACAAUAGAUGAAGAUAUAAGAAAUAUAGAACCAUCAAUUAGAUUAUUAUUUGAUUUGAUUAAAACUGACAUAUUAGCAUUCAAAGAAUUAUUUAGUUGGCUAGGUGGUUCUAUUUCAUUGUUUGUUCCUCAAAUUGAAAAUGAAAUUCGAGAAAAUGUAAAAGCUGCAGCAUAUUGGAUAGUGACAAAAAAUAUACUAUGUAUAGAUGAUUUGAUAACUAUUAGAGGAAAAUUAGCAGAAACACAUUUCAUCAAUAUUUUUCAGGAACUAUGGGGACAUUUUUUAAACCCUCCAAAACCAGGAAUUACACCAUUUUAUUCCCCAGCUAUUUCAUUUUUUCAACAAAUCCAAAAAAAUAAUGCUGAUGAUGAUGAAAUUCCCUUAUAUUAUACACCAAUUACACCACUUUUUGAUGAAGCUAAACAAGAAAUCUUGGCUGAACAAACAUCACAACAACAACCACAAGGUUCUUCAAGAAAUCCACGAUCACAAUUACACCAACACACAAAACAAAAAUCACAACAAUUUGAAAAAUUAUGGAUGUAUGGAAAAAAUUUACAAUUGUUUAAAGAGUUUUGCCAGAAUGGAAAUUAUGGUGAAGCAACUAAACAUUUUGUAGAGAUUUUGAAUAGAUAUUUAGAGAAUGUGGAUUUGGGAAAUUUGACUUCACCACAUUUAAUUGAACUUCCUAAAGAAAUAGGUCCUAUAUUACAACAAACAAUUAAUUUUGAUGAAUUGAAAAACACAUAUAACUUGGAUGAUUUAAAUUCAGGAUAUCUUGAUAUCAAAUUUACAGAGAAUAAUUUAAUUCAUCAUAUGAUUAAAUGGAUGUAUAAUAUAUUUUAUAAUAAAGAUGAGCCUAGUAAUAUGACAAAGAUGAUGGAAAAGUGUUUUGAAUUGUAUAGAUUAUUAAUGAAUGAAAAUGAAGAACUUCAGAUUAAAAGUAGAACCAAGUUGCUAGUUUUUAGUUUAAGUAAAUUAAAAUUAGAUAAACCAGGAUUUAUUAUGGAUGAUCUGAAGAAAACUAUUGAUUUCUAUUAUAAAUAUACAACAUUUCAAAUAGAUUGUGAAAAAAUUGCAGACAGUGCAGCUGAAAUAAAAAAUAGAUUUUUGAAAGAUUUACAUUUACUUCGAAACUUAAACAGUAAUGUCUUCCAUGCAAUAGUGCCUGGUUUAUUAAAAAGUUGGCCAGAGCAUUUUACAGGUGAUACUAUAUUUAUAUAUUUAGUAGUACAUGGGGUUAAUUCACUUUUUGUUUAUAAAAUGGAUAAUGAUCUUAGACAAAAAAAGUAUUUUUUAUUCGGGAAAGUAGAUUUUGAUGACAUUUUAGCUGUUUCAUUAUUUUGGGGCCAAUUUGAACAAAUGUUCUUAUUCAAAUUAUUACGAGCAGAAAUUGGUGACAAUGAAAAAGAACUAGAAAAUAUAAUAUGUUCAUCAAUUUAUUUAAGAGGUUUAGAACCAUUAGAGGACCCAGAAACUUUAAGUGAGCUAUUAUUACUUUUAGAAAGUAUCAAACCAACAAAAAGCUUGAUUUCAUUUCUAAUCGCCCUCAUUGGUAAUUCUAGAUCAGAUGUUAGUAGGGAUGAAAAAAUGGAUUAUGUGAUUACAAUAUUUUUAAGAUGGUAUAAUAUUUCAUCAACACGUUUUAUAGAAACAUUGGGAUUAUUCUUGGAUGAGCAAAAGGAUAAAGAGGUUGAGGUGGGAGAAGCAGGAUUUUAUAAUACUUCAGAUGAUGAUAACAUUGAAAAAGGAAAAAUAUAA